GAUCCACUCGUGGCUCUCGAUGACCUUGAGCAUCGUUUAUCGGCACGGAGACGAGUGGUGACAUUCCUCUGGUUAUGGGUAAACGCUCUGGGUAUCCAUUAUUUUUUGGAUCCUGCAGCGAAUGCAUUUGUUGAGGAACUCUACUGUCACGUUCUCGAGGAUAAUCGAACUAUACCCGGGAUGGGCCCUAUACUCGCCCGAAUCUCUGCUCUUCGUGAUCUUAGGGAAGAUGCGCAAAGAACCCUGGCUCGCCAUCCAGCAGUAGUGCUUGAAUGUGGAGUGCUUUCUACCAUGGCCCCAUCACCGAAUCCCGUCCUUCCUAGCGAUAUUUUUACUUAUUAUUUGCGUCUUAUCUGUCAGAGAUACAUUGAGAAAGUUUUUCAUCAAUCAGCAACUUAUUUUCGAGCGAAAAAAAAUGUGCUAAAUUUUUUCCUUUCUUCUUUUUUAGAAAAAGUGGUCUUCUACGACGGUGAUGUCAGCAUUGCUACGAUGCUUUCGCUCAACAGCAAACUUUACGUGGUCAGCAAGGACGAGAUUGAUUCAUUGGUCCCACAACUCGAUCAAAAUGGUCCUGUAGAGUCUGUUCAUGCCUCUGUGAUGGAAUAUGUUGGUAGCCACGAGCUGGCACAACAGCUUCUCGUUCUGCAUACGCAACUUUUUGAGACACGUAAAAAAGUAUAUUAUCAUUGCAGUGCGAAGGAGAAUCGCGAUCUGAUGACGUUAUUUGCAAUCACUCUAGGUCUCAGUAACAUUGCUGUGAGCCGACUUACCCAUUUAUGGGAGGUUAGAUCUCUUUCUUCCUUUGAAUCUUAA